UGCACUCCCAUUGUCGGCCAUGGAUUCGUGCUGGACAAGUACAAAUGCCAAUGCCGGAGAGGCUUCUAUCACCCUAGCAGAGUGGCACUCAACGGCUUCACAAGUAGGUUUGCUGUUUCCCUACCCAGCAACAUGGGGCAUCUGUUCACUCCACUCUGAUUUCAAUCACUUUAUUUUGGCAUUAGCAACAGAUGUGUGUGACGGACCAACAUGGAAAUCAAGGGGCACCUGUGCAUCCGUUUUCAUUGAUAUUGGUUUGGCGUCAUGAUCAUUUUUUUCAUAUAGGUUUAAUAAGUGUUUAUAAUAGCCAUGUAUUUUUUGUUGAUAUUGUUCAUUUGUAGUUUGUAGGAUACUAGUCUGCUAGGUUGGUUGGAGAGCUGAUGGAACGAUGGGUGGAACGAUGGAAGGAAUAUUUUCUUUUUGAUACCUCUCUACAAAUACCUUGGAUGACUACAAGCACAGACUUAGGUUAGAACCAGGGCAUAUGGAGUAAAGUAUUAGUAUGUAUACACUCCUUUUCAUAACAUCUCCUAGACGGCACCCCUGGGGAUGCGACGGCCUUAUUGGAAUGCAAUGGGAGACUUGAAAGUAGCAUCGAGGAGUGAAAGUAAUCUUCAAAAGCCCACAAACACGCCAUAAAAAAUGAUUUAAAAUGCAUCUCUCGGGCUUAGAUUGGAUUGUAGGAGAGAUACUCAUUUCCACUUCUGAAUUGACCUGCCACUGUUAUUCUUCACAACCCAAUUUCAUUUAUUGUUGUUUCCUAGCAACAAUCAAAGCAAUAAAGAAAUAAAGCAUUAAGUAAAAACUGGUGAUGAGAGGGUCUCAUCUUCCAAGUCAUGGCAAACCCCAUGAAUUUAGAUGCUGACAAAAAGUGAAAAGAUUUCCUUUCAUAUUUCUUUGAUUAGUCAAUGUUUUUUCUUCAUUUUACUCAUAUAAAAUAGUUCAUAUAAGAGGGUGUCCAUGCAUAAAUAUGUUCAGCAACCCUUUUGGAUUCCAAAAGGGUUCUUUGGCUGCCGAUGAUUACAGAACAAUACUAUUGGCCUCAGUCUGCCUUAGUAGUAAUGCAAUAACUGCGACAUACCCACCUGGCUAGCCAGCGAUAUAGUACUAGCAGGGAAAAUGUGCUGCCUCUUUCUCUCUGUUGGUUGUUAUGCAAGCUGGCUAAUGUUCUUGUCACUUCACUUGCUAGGUAACGUUAGCUAGCAACCUAACCUUACAGCAGAGUCAUGUAGAGACUCGACAGCUGGAAUGAGAACAAACUCCAUCUGCCUAGCCAGUAAUGCAAUGACUGUUUAUCUACGUGGCUAACCAGCCACAGUAGCAGGGCAAAUUGUCUGCAAUUUGUGUAGUGCUUCUUGGGCUGAUCAUGCAUUCCUGAUUAGUUGGCUCACUUAGCUAGCAAGCAUGCUGGCUCAAUGGCCAGGCAGCAGCCUAUUGCUAUGAAGUUACAGAAAACUAAACCAACAACAACCAAACGAACCAAAAUUGGAUACAUUCUAAAAGCAGGUCCAACGAGAGGAAACUUGGCUAGCUAGCAUUCAUUUGUUUAUGCAGGAUCUUGUGAUGAGUGAAAUGCAUACUAGGUCCAUGUUUACAAAAUGUGAUGCAGUAUUGACACGUGCUAUCAAAUACUCCCACGUUUCUUGUUUGUCCGCUUGUUUUCAGUUAUCCUCCUAAAUUUGGUGGUCAGUGGAUAAAGUAUCUAUGACUUGAACAAAUUUGUCUGAAAAUGAACUAGUCAUGAGUUGUUAUUGCACAUGUGUAAUCAUAGCUAACCAGCUGGCUCAUGUAGCCAUCUGCUCACGAGUCUAGCUGCGUCUAGCUAGUUAGCUAGCUAUUGUUGUCACGAACUAGCACUUCACAUAGGCUAGCUGAGCUGUUUUAUUAGAAAAUGGCUGAGAUUACUCUUGUAGCUAGCUAGCUAGCAAGUCCACCUCCGCGACAAUGUUAUUGCGGUGCGGGAAUGUUAGAUUAGUCUUAAUUUUAAGAUAACCUUCAUUGAAGUUUGUGGUUGCUACUGGUUAUCGAUAUGAGGCAAGAUAAAUUGUCCACCAUGUUUUUUGUUUUGGGCAGUGCUCAAAGUUUGACGUAUUGAUAUUUUGAAAACUGCCACUCAUUCAGUGAGUAACUAGGCUACUUCAGACAGUGAUGAUAACAGGGCAUUGGCAAUGGCUUGGAACCCCAUUUCCCCCAAUCAGAUUGCAGAUUUUUCCGAACCUGUUUUAUAACAAGCUUUAAAGAUGAUAACAGUAUGACUGAUGAAUCUCUGUCAGCAAUUAGGCUCUUUUUAGCGAGGGAUUAUUUCAGCUGAAUUCUCUAUCACUUCUUUGUCUCGUUUAGUUUUUUAUUGUCGAUUCAAAGUGUGCAUAUCUUUAAUUGGGGACUACAUUGUCAUCUCAGUCUGCGCUUGUUAACUGUGUUCUUAACAGACAGUAUGCCUUGGGAGAUGUAUUGUGUGUGUGUGUGUGUGUGUGUGUGUUUGUUUGUUUGCAAAUACGCAGCAGCACUUUACUUCACUAAAUCGAAGCACUGUUUUACUGUGACUGGGUGUUUUGUGGUUUGUCCACUCCACAUGAUUGAUUGUUGUCUAAGACAGGGAACAAACCAUUUUUUAGCGUGUUAUGGUUUGGUGGCCUGGGUUGUGGUCAGUAGGAUGAAACAGGGAGGUAUUACAUGAACUUCCAAUAAGAACACAGUUUUUUGUUAUCUAUUGCAACAACAUGUGGUAACACUUAACUUAAAGCCUGCAAGUAGGCUAUAAUGCGUUAUGAUGCCGUUAUAAUGCACAGUAAGACUUGUCAUGUAUGACCCCCUUAUAAUGUCUUGUAAUCAUUGCUAAAGACAUAGCAUACAGUAUUUUAAGCUUUAUUAUAAGACUUUAUAAAGGCUCAUACAUACAUGCUUAUAACAAGUUAUAACGAACAGUAGCUGCAGGAUAGGCUUUAAGGAAAGUGUUACCCAACAGGUUUUGCUUCAGUGUCCCCCACUCAACACAACCCUGGUCUUUCUUCACACAUGAAUCAGAACAACAAAUUGCGAGAAGACAUACAACCCACUGCCCCUGUUCUCUUUAGUGAUAUAACCACAUCCAGAGAGCCUAUACAGGGCCACAGCAGUUAUGACUCAGUGAUGCUCUUACCCAAUACCCAUUGAAACACCAACAGAAGGGUUUACAUGGUCUUGAAGAGAGAGCAUGAUUACAAAACCCACUCUUUGAUUAGUCUUCCACUGAAGUUGACUUCCUUUUGGUAAGGCUAUCUCUUCAGCCCUACACACACACACACACACACCCUGUUGUUCUAAAUGUUUUAACUUGAAUGUUUCACUGUAGAUCAAAUGGAAGGCGUGUUAUUACCAGCUGUUUUCCAUCUGUAGUACUUUUGUACUCAUUGGCAGUUUGUUUAUUUUGUUCCCAAACAGCUACUCUUACUCGGAUCAGUAUAAAUUAUACACAGAAAGAACGACAUUGAGAACACACUUUUCUUGAACGUAACUCAAAUACACAAUGUUAUUGCCUCCCCAAUGCUACCAUGACACAUCAUCCUCCACUGUAUCUCCUCGGUGUUCUGUCUAUCUGCCCUUUCCAGGGAAAGAGAGCAGUGGUCACGCUCACGGCAAGGACCCCUCGGAUGUGUCCAGUAAGUGCCUGCCGUGCCGUGAGGGCUGCCCCUACUGCCGGGAUGACAUGCCCUGCCUGGCUCAGGAAGACGGGGCAAUCCGGCUUUCUGUAGCCUCCUUCCAGGGCCUUUGCAUGCUGCUGGACUUAGUGGCCAUGGUGCUGGUCUACCACUUCCGCAAGAAUAAGGUAAGGGCUCAUUGGGAGGAAGCAGGGGUCAGGGGUCAGGGGUUAGGGGUUAAGCAGGUCAUUAUAGAGGAACUCCAUCCAGAAAACAUACGACUGGUAUUAUGUUUUUCAACAAAGGUAUUACUGGUAUUGGUUGGUGUUUGUAUUUCCUACACUUGUGAUUUGGAUUUCUGGUAUGUUUUAUUAUUUGUUAUAAGCUUGUAUUAGCCCUUAUAAUGUUUUUCUAUGCUGCAACGUACUGAAAUGGCUUUUAUUGAAUUAGUCAGGAUCAUUAUGAGAUGAUUUCAAGACAUUUUAGGUGAAAUGAUAUAUACAAUUUGUAGUAGCAUCCACCUGGGUGAUGCAUGGUAGCCAAUUUGUGCCAGAAUGUUCAUCACACAGAAUCCUGUUGGAUUUCAGUAAACUGUUACUGGAUUGCCCUUUUUGAAUGGUAAGAAAGAGAGACCAAAAUAUCUACUGAUUCAUAUCCUCCAGGACCUGCAUUGAAGAACACAGCUGCGGGGAGUGCUGACAGUACCACUGUGCCAGUCCAAGGUUGUUACCCAAAUGGCACCCUUUUCCAUGUAUAGUGUACUACUUUGGACCGAGGCCCAUAUGGCUCUGGUCAAAAGUAGUGCACUAUGUAGGGAAUUAGGACGCAACUCAAGUGUUGUGUCAGAACUCCUAAUAUGCAGUUUAUUUGACUACCAAAUGACUACCACCGUCGUGUCGUCAGCAAACUUGAUGAUGGAGUUGGAGUCGUCCGUGGUCACACAGUCGUGGGUAAACAGGGAGUACAGGAGGGGGCUAAGCACACACCUCUGGGGGCCCCUGUGUUGAGGGUCAGCGUGGCGGAGGUGUUGUUACCUACUCUCACCACCUGGGGUCAGCCCGUCAGGAAGUUCAGGAUACAGUUACAGAGGGAGGUGUUCAGUCCCAGGGUCCUAAGCUUGGUGACGAGCUUGGAGGGAACUAUGGUGUUGAACGCUGAGCCGUAGUCAAUAGACAGCAAUCAUUCUUACAUAUGUAUUCCUCUUGUCCAGGUGGGAGAGGGCGGUGUGGAGUGCAAUUGAGAUUGCAUCAUCUGUAGAUCUGUUGGGGCGGUAUUCAAAUUGGAGUGUGUCUAGGAUGUUUGGGAUGAUGGAGUUGUGUGCCAUAACCAGCCUUUCAAUGCACUUCAUGAUUACAGAUGUGAGUGCUACAGGUCGGUAGUCAUUGUGACAGGUAGCCUUAGAGUUCCUGGGAACAUUUGACGGUCUUCUGUUGUAAUAAUGGAUUCCAUUGACAUAGUGCUUUUCAUCAGAUCUCAAAGCACUUUACCUUGAUCUGGAGUGACUCAUUAUUUCAUCCAACACCAAUUUGUAGUAGCAUCCACGUGGGUGAUGUAUGGUAGCCAUUUUGUGCCAGAAUGUUCAUCACACGGAAUCCACUUUCACAGUGGAGAGGUGAUGAGUGAUUGGGCCAAUUUGAAUCUGGGGAUCCGAUGAUUAUAGAUGGCCAUGAUAGUGUGAGGGGCCAGGGUGAGUAUAGCCAGAACACUGGGGUUAACAGCCAUAAUCAAGCACUAAGUGUCAUGGGAUUUUUAGCGACCACAUAGUCAAGAACUCUGUUUCAUGUAUCAUCCUAAGAAGGGCACCUUUUGCAGUACGUAUUCCACAGCAGUGAUGGUUAUUGACACACUAUAGGACAGGGUUAAACAAACCUGUAUAUGAUAUUCCAAGAUGGUGACAUUACACUCAGAUGUUUUCCGAUCUCAAUUAUUAGAAGCAGUCUAAUGUCAAGAUGAUGUCUAAUGUCAAGAUGAGUCCACACAUCCCAGGCCAUCUGUUUUGUAUAUCCAGCUACAGUAUAUGCCACGAUCCAACAUUUAUGGAAAAUAUGUCAUUUCCAGAUUUGCAGUGCUUAUCUUUUCCAUUCCUUCUGGGUUGAGGCAGACAAUAUAGCUGGAUCUAUAUAACCUAUGGCAAGGGAUGUGGACUCAUUGAUUUUGGAGUGUAAUGUCCCAUUAAGACUAAACAUACCGGUAAAUGGUGUUCCAAAAUAUGAGCUAACUGCCUCUACUGUGGUGGUCGUUCUGUACUUGUGGUGUGAAACUGAUUAGUCAUAUUUAUAGCAGCUUGGGUUGUUCCCUAUAAGAAUCUUCCAGAAAUACAGUUCAGAUGAGAUGUCCCUUGAGGUGUGUGAAUUUACAUAUUUACAUAAAAGACAUUGCCUUCUAUGAUAUAAUGAGUAAUUACAUUCAGCCCAGAGUUGUCUCGCCAUCCUCACUCGUUUUCACUAACAUGAUUGGUUAGCAGAGCAGUUCAACAAAGGGACCAUCUUCCUCAUUCAUAUCCAUUGUGUUGUGCCAUUGAGUCAAAUUCAUUAUUUAUUUUCAGCUGAGUAGAUACAUUAUGAGUGAAUGGAUGACAAUUUCUCUCAUAUGAUUGUGUAGAUCAUCCUAAUAACUCUAUGGUUGAUUGAUGUUACACUACAUGGCCAAAAGUAUGUGGACACCUGCUUGUCGAACAUCUCAUUCCAAAAUCAUGGGCAUUAAUAUGGAGUUGGUCCCCCCUUUGCUGCUAUAACAGCCUCCACUCUUCUGGGAAAGCUUUCCACUACAUGUUGCAACAUUGCUGCAGGGACUUGCUUCCAUUCAGCCACACGAGCAUUAGUGAGGUCGGGCACUGAUGUUGGGCAAUUAGGCCUGGCUCGCACUCGGCGUUCCAAUUCAUCCCAAAGGUGUUUGAUGGAGUUGAGGUCAGGGCUCUGUGCAGGCCAGUCAAGUUCUUCCACAUCGAUCUCAACAAACCAUUUUUGUAUGGAUCUCGCUUUGUGCACAUGGGCAUUGUCAUGCUGAUACAGGAAAGGGCCUUCCCCAAACUGUUGCCACAAAGUUGGAAGUACAGAAUCGUCUAGAAUGUCAUUGUAUGCUGUAGCGUUAAGAUUUCUCUUCACUGGAACUAAGGAAAAAACAGCCCCAUACUAUUAUUCCUCCUCCACCAAACUUUACAGUUGGCAAUAUGCAUUCGGGCAGGUAGUGUUUUCCUGGCAUCUGCCAAACCCAGAUUCGUCCAUCGGACUGCCAGAUGGUGAAGCGUGAUUCAUCACUCCAGAGAAUGCGUUUUCGCUGCUCCAGAGGACAAUAGCAGCGAGCUUUACACCACUCCAGCCGACGCUUGGCAUUGUGCAUGGUGAUCUUAGGCUUGUGUGCAGCUGCUUGGCAAUGGAAACCCAUUUCAUUAAGCUUCCGACAAACAGUUCUUGUGCUGACUUUGCUUCCAGAGGCAGUUUGGAACUCAGUAGUGAGUGUUGCAACCCAAGGACAGACGAUUUUUAUGCGCUACGCACUUCAGCACUUGGCAGUCCCGUUCUGUGAGCUUGUGUGGCCUACCACUUCGUGGCAGAGCCGUUGUUGUUCAUAGACAUUUCCACUUCACUAUAGCAGGGCAGAAAUUUGACAAACUGACUUGUUGGAAAGGUGGCAUCCUAUGACGGUGCCACGUUGAAAGUCACUGAGUUCUUCAGUACGGGCCAUUAUACUGUGAAUGUUUGUCUAUGGAGAUUGCAUGGCUGAGUGCUCGAUUUUAUAUGCCGGUCAGCAACGGGUGUUGUUGAAAUAGCUGAAUCCACUCAUUUGAAGGUGUGUCCACAUACUUUUGUAUGUAUAGUGUAUGUUCUCUAUUGUUAAGUCUCUCUCUUUCUCAUUUUUUUUUGUAGAGGAUCCGAGCGUCUGGUCUUAUCCUCCUGGAGGCCAUCUUGUUUGGAGCCUUGCUUCUCUACUUUCCCGUAAGUCUCCAGUUUAGACGUGUGUUUGUGUGUGUGUCCGUGACUGUGUGUGUGUGUGCGUGAUUGUGUGUGUGUGUGUGUGCAGGACUUUGUGUGUGUCUGUCUGCAUGCCUGUCCAUUGUCCACAGCUAUAUAUUACAGCUAUAUAUUAAAAUGGCACAAAAAACAAGCUACAGACAUCCUGGACGACAACACAGCUGGUGUGUGUGAGUAAUGCUUUAAAGUGUGUCGUACAGUCCAACCUGGAGCGCCACACAGAGUUUUAACAGACGGGGGAGCUUACAGCCAACGUUGCAUGGCGUUAUUAUGGAGCGACAGGGAUUUCAAAUUCACUCAAUACCUCCAUUGGCUGCCAACAGCAAAACACAGCUGUCUAGAGAACACAUUUGGAAAAGGAUCAAAGAAAGAAGGAAAACAGCCAUAGAUGUAAACCACACAGGAGGGACUAUUAGAAGUCUGUUGACAAGGAUGAGGUUCGGUGUUGUUUGCUAAAGUGAGCUCUAGCGAUUAGGCUUUUCCUCUCAGGCUAGAGUUGGAGCAAUGUCAUUGUAGCAAUGUAGUAUUUACGUAACUUAGUAACAACGUAACUUAGUAAUAACACAACUUUAUAAUAACGUAAUGUAGUAACAACGUAACGUGGGAACAAUGUAACAUAGUGACAACAUGGUAACAACGUUAUAUUGUAACAAUGUUACAUAGUAACCACGUAAUGCACUGGGAGACCUCACCAUGUUUUUUUUUUCUUACUGGACAUCAUUUUGGUGCAUUCCACACAAAUGGGGAGAUAAACCUAAGCCUAUCAACAAUACUACUUCGGUUUGGUUGACAUCAUUAUCAUUGUGAUAUACUUUUAAACCAGGAGUGCACCAUUCCAGUCCUCAAUGUUCCUGCACCUUGGGCUAUUCCUGGACUCCCAUCCCCCCGAAAUAUCCCUUCCCCUUUUCAUCCCUUCUGCCACAGGACCCAGGAACUCCUCACUCCGGUGUGCUCAUGCAACCCUGGCUAUCCCUCUCUCACUCUCUUUCUCCCCCUCUCUCUCUUCCACAGUGACGUGCCCUUCUCCUCCUGCUGCUGUUGCCACAGCCUCAGCUUAGUGCAGCUUCUCCACUGUGGCGCUCGAUGCAUUUUUAAAGAGUCCAUCAAGUUCUAGCGCAACUUGUAUUAAAAAUGAAUCUGCUGGUUAAUUUAUUGGGAGGAGUUGGGGGUAUAGAGAAGGGAAAGAAGAGGGAGCCACCUUAGCAGGCUGGAAACAAACAUGUAGCUUCCUUCUCUUUCGCUCGUUUGAGGGUCCCAUGCGAGUUGUACUCUGCUGGGUAUUGCGUGUGUGUGCUAUUGCGUGUGUGUGUUUGCGUGUGUUUGGCCUAGUUUUACGUCUCGUUUGGGACGCGAUGUAUUUUGGCCUGUCGUGGAGGAAUGUGGGGCUUGCUGUUCUACAUGGACAGGGCUUGGUUACUACAGAGGCCUGGAUACAACUAAUACUAGCCAGAGGUUAUCAGUACAGUGAGUGGGUCAGUUUAUGAAGAACAUGAUCAAAUGCAGUUAAUGAGUAUGUAACUGCUAUGGCUAUGUUUGGGGGGUAUACAUUAUAAAUCCUAUUGUUGUCAUUGGAGUGUUGUUGUGAUGUCGCUGUUGGGUGUGUGUGCUGUGUGUGUGUGUGUCCGUGAGUAUGUGCGUGUGUGUGCACGCUCUGUACACCGUUACAUUUCGCUCCUCAAACAAACUCACAACAUUCCUGUCUCUAGCCCCAGAUACUACUGUACAUUAAGAUAAUACAAGUAACUUUGAAGGAAACCAACGUGGUAAUGCAUGUAUGAUAUACAGGAGUCUGUCUCUUGCCUGUGUACCAACCAGAGGCAUUUACUUUUUCAUUUACUUUACCGAUAGCAUCACCGCCAUAAGCCCUCCACCGGGUAAUAUGGACGGGGCUUUAUAUACGUUUUUCAUGACUCGCAUACAAAUGACAAGCUUUGGAACUUUUAAGGCCAGCUUGCAGCCAGAAAUACAUGUCAGCUGAGUGCAGAAAUUCCUUGAUUCCCUCAAUCACAUUUACAGUCAUGAUGCAUGAAGCGAGAGCCUAUUUUUGAUGGAAGGAAAACUGAGAGCCCAUGAUGAAAAGAUAUCGAUAGCAUUACUUCUUAAUGUAUGGGAUAUAAAUGCAUCGGACAAUUAGGUUAAACUUACUUACUUGCUUUUUUGUUCCUGGAGGAACAUACACUUACGAAAGAUCUCUUGUGUUGCUUUCGGCCAUGACAAGUGGAUGCAAUUAGGGUAUACUAGUAGUAAUUGUGGAUCUUUCCUACAUUACGCACAUGCAUUUAAAUCCAUAGACUGUAGGUGUACCUAUUUCGCUAUCCCCUGUCUGCGAGAUGAGUGCGUAAAUGUACAUUUACAUUCUAGUCAUUUAGCAGACGCUCUUAUCCAGAGCGACUUACAGUUAGUGAGUGCAUACAUUUUCAUACUGGCUCCCCGUGGGAAUCGAACCCACAACCCUGGCGUUGCAAACGCCAUGCUCUACCAACUGAGCUACACGGGACCAUAAAUCAAAGCUUUGCACAAAUGUUCUAUUGACAGUGUUUGAUAUAGGCAAAACUUUGGGUAAAGGAUUAAGAAUGCAGGCAACUUGUUGACAUAAGCAUCUAUGAAAUGCCUAGAUGUACUGCUUAUGAAGGGCCUGUGGAUGGCUUAAUAAUGUGUUCGGAAGUCCUUAUGCAGGUAACCUUCAAGAAAAGUGUUUCCAACAUUUUCCAACCUCCCACCAGUUAAAACUGCAUCUAAAGCUUCUCAUAUCAUCAUGAAAGUGUCCUUAUGUACAGCUUAUGAAUGUAGUAUGUAUGGGUUAUGAAUGUGUUAUGAAGUCCUUACCUAGGUACCUUUCAGGUAAAGUUUUACCAACAUUUUCUUCCAGUGAAUUCUGCAGCUAAAUGAGGCCUCCUCUCACAUCAUGGAAGUGUGAUAUGUUCUUCACGGGUUUGCGUGUGGCACUGUGCCAUUGUUUCAUUCCAUAUCCACGAGAACAUUUCCCCUGUUUGCGAGUUAAGCGGGCUGGUUGCCGAUGUUCUGCCAUCUCGCCGCAGGGGACAGGUGCUGUCGCUCUGCUUAAUUAUAGAGGAUGCCUGCCAUCUCUCAAACUGACACACUGUAUACCUCGAAUUGUGAGAUAUACCACAGAGAUUAGAUAAAACUGUAUCUCUGUGAGCUAUAUUGUAUAGCUGUGGAUAUGCGAAGGUUGUACUAGACCUGGAUUCAAAAUGGUAUUUGUUGCCUUUCAAAUGCUUUGAGCGUUUUGAUUUAGCUGACCUGGAGGGCCAGAUGGGUGGGGUUUUCGCCUUUGGUACUAUUCCAUUGGUUCCAUUGUGCCAUACUAUUUGAACGCAGGUCUGGUUUGUAGAGUAAAUACAGUAUGUAAACAAGAUGGUUUCCCAAAGGAAAUGGGAUCGGGAUGGCUAUCACACUUAUUUGCAGGGAUAGGUUGUGAGAAUCGUGGAAGAGUCUAAAACCUGGUGCUGUUUGUUCUUUUGCUAAAAGCCAGCAAAGCAGUUUAGUCUGUGGAGCUGGGACAACAGCUCAACUUGAACAUUCUCAAAUAUGUAGACUAGCUCUUGAGAAGGACAUUACUAAAUUGGCUGACAAACUGGUUGUGUGGUUGACAUAAUAGUUAUAUCGUGUAUUCAGGAUAGUUUUAUAACUCAACUCCAUUUUAGUCGCUUCAGAUGUGACAUUUGCGAUUCUGCAGCUGCUGAAAUAUAUAAUGAAAUAAGUGAGUCAGCAUACAGAAACCUCGCAAUCAAGCAUUGCCCUUUGUUCAGUUUACCAUGCAUGACCUCAUGCCUCCAUCCCGGCUCGGCCCCUUGCCUCUUUCAAUAAUGAGCUAGAAUGAACUUCACACGAAGCUAACGGCAGGGCAAUAUUUUCCAAGCAGCUGCCUGUGACUCACCAUCUAGACGACAUCCAGAAAAUGAGACGACGUGAAGGGUAGGAGGCAGCCAGCCUGGCCCACGGUCAGACAUUUACCCAAUGUUCUUCUGCUACUGGGUUUGACUAUUAACAAAAGGUGAAGUUGUGUCAGCAAUGCAGAAAGAUAAAUGGGAGUGCCUGAUGCCUCAUUGAUGUGUAGUCCUUUUACCUGCCUAGGGACUUCAGUUGAAAAUUAGCUCGCUGGCACAAAAUCUGUCACCUUUACAAAAAAGCUGAUUCAUGUGCAUUUUCCCUGUCAAAUAAACCUACAGUUAUAAAGUAAAUUCAAGUUGUGGCCUGGGGUGGUCCAGCAUGUCUAUGCUGUUGCUAUGUACCGCUGUAGGCAUGGGUUUGAAUCCAAUCCACUGCUCUAGCACACACGCCUCCUUGCUUUUUCACCUCCCUGUCUUAUAAACAGGAAGAAUACAAAAGGAGUGGAAGUACCUCACUCUUUUUUUAAAUAAAAAAUAAUGUAAAAUAUAGUCAAAGUAAUGUGCAUCUCCCCUUCUCUUUAGGUGAUGAUACUGUACUUCAACCCCAGCAUGUUCCGCUGUAUCCUCCUGAGAUGGGUGCGUCUCCUGGGCUUUGCCAUAGCCUACGGAACAGUGAUCCUGAAGCUUUACAGGUAUGUGUUCAUUCGUUCUACUUUUUAUUAGAAGUCUUUCACAGGGGUAUAUUCAAAUGUACACACAGUAACAAAACGUUUUGCAACGUAGCAAACGUUUUGCAACUGCAUAUUCAGGUAGGUCCCGCUCCAUUUUGCCCGUUCCUAGUGAAUACACCCCAGAUGUAUCAUGCAGAGAAACCAAUGCCAUAUGGCCAAAUUGGAUAACUUCUGCAGUAUUCAGCCCAGAACUUUAAUUCCUUUCUCCCCCCGAUUUGUCCCAAUGAUGCUCCUUGAUGAGUUUGCCCUGUGGAGUGCCAUCUCAUAUCCAGGUUCCUCUCAGAAUUGGUUCUAGUUUGCAGUCGUUCUGUUUUGCUACUUAGUAGUCGAAGCGAGAGGACUUAGAGGCAGAAGGAGCACUUUACAUUCUCAAUCACACAGAACUACUUACCGUAGCAUAGAGUUUUCUCCACUCUCCUCUUCUGGAAAUGAGUUGGCCCUCGUGUUGGCCUUUUAAAAUUUCACUAAGAGAGCAGAGAAACAACUCAAUCUGACCAGGGGCCAAAGGGCAGCCUGCUACUUCACCUGACAAAAUUACCAAUUAAAUUCCUCCUGGUGUAGAACGCUUGAACCAUGACCUCAGUGUCAGUACCCUAUAGGAGAAUCCCACACACAGAUAUCAAAUCUGAGACAGGAUCAAUCAUGGUCGUACCCUCAGAGAACCCAGAGGUCAAAAUAUCUCCUUGUUUUAUAUCUAUGCUAAUCUAGACCACACAUCUCAGAGAGACACUAGUGCUUGCAAGGGCUUGCAGCAGUACAGGUAGUAUAGAACAAGUAAUAACUGAAAAACGAUAUAAAUUGCAGUGGUGGAAGGAGUAAUGUUGGGAUGGUAGUGGUGGUAAUACAGCUGAGUAGAAGAAGUGUUAGUUGUGUCAGUUAAAUAAUUAGUCAAAUAAAUAAUGAUAUCUUUACCUGAUUAUAACAGAGACCUGUUGGUUAUAAUCGAAUUAAAGGUUUUCUCAACGAGAACCAUAAAACCAUAAAAUUAUGCCAUUAGAUGCCAAAUUUUGCCUGUUGGGAUUUGGGAACAACAACAACCCUUCUCUCUCUUCCCUCCUCCAGGGUGCUGAAGGUGUUCCUGUCCCGUACGGCCCAAAGGACCCCAUACAUGACCAGCUGGCGGGUGCUGCGUCUGCUGGGGGUCAUCCUGCUGGUGGUGCUGUGGUUCCUGGUGGCCUGGACCUCGGCCGUGUGUCAGACACCUGACCGGAUGUUGGCCCUUAUUGACAUGGGCCUCACCCCCGACGGGCUGCAGUUCAGCAUGUGCCUGCUGGACCGCUGGGACUACAUGAUGGCAGUCGGUGAGUCGUAAUGGAAGUGUGGACCCAGUGGGCAAAACUAGUUGAAAUGAUGUCAUUAACGCUAAAAACUGGUUGGAAAUAUGUCAUUGUGACGUUCCGUUUUAUGUUUGUAACGGGUUACGCCAAUUGUCGUUCUCAUUAUCUUGGUUUUAUAAUAGCACCCAGUACCCUGCCCUGAACUUUAGUCACUGUUACUAGUCGGCUACCACCCGGUACUCUACCUUAGAGACUGCUGCCCUAUGUACAGUACAUAGCCAUUGAACACUGGUCACUUUAAUAAUGUUUACAUACUGUUUAACCCACUUUACAUGUACAAUAUAUACUGUAUUCUAGUCAAGGCUCAUUGUCACGGAUUCAGCCGAGGCUGCUGCUCCUCCUUGCUCGGGCAGGCUUCGGCGUUCGUCGUCCCCGGAGUACUAGCUGCUGCCGAUCGAUGUUUCGGUGUUUGUCUUGUUUGGUCUUUAUUGUUUACACCUGUUUCCCAUUAUGUUGGAUUGUAUUCCCUAUAUUAACCCCUGUCUCUCAUUGGUUAUUUUGUGUGUGAUUGUUCUUUGUCAUUUCGGCAGUUGCUUUGUAUUACGGGUAUUUGUGUUUUCCUCCCUGUUUGGAGGUUUGUUGUUUUGAACGUUUAUUACUGUGUUCAGUAAAGUACGUUGCCAGCCGCUCUGUGUCCUGCGUUUGACUUCGCUGACCGCAUACACGUCGCGUGACACUCAUCUUAUAUAACUACUGCUCUAUGCACCUUUUCUAUUCAUAUACUGUCCAUACUGUUUAUACACACCAUCACAUACAUACACUGAACAAAAAUAUAAACGCAACAUGCAAAGUGUUGGUCCCAUGUUUCAUGAGCUGAAAUAAAACAUCUCAGAAAUGUUCCAUAUGCACAAAGAGCUAAUUUCUCGAAAAAUGGUGUCCACAAAUUUGUUUAUAUCCCUCUUAUUGAGCAUUUCUCCUUUGCCAAGAUAAUCCAUCCACCUGACAGGUGUGGCAUAUCAAGAUGCUGAUUAAACAGCAUGAUCAUUACACAGGUGCACCUUGUGCUGGAGACAAUAAAAGGCCACUAAAAUGUGCAGUUUGUCACACAACACAAAGCCACAGAUGUCUCAAGUUUUGAGGGAGUGUGCAAUUGGCAUGCUGACUGCAGGAAUGUCCACCAGAGCUGUUCGAAUUGAAUGUUAAUUUCUCUACCAUAAGAAACGUUGUUUUAGAGAAUUUGGCAGUACGUCCAACCGGCCUCACAACCGCAGACCACGUGUAACCACACCAGCCCAGGACCUCCAAAUCCGGCUUCUCAGACGAUCACCUGUGGGAUCGUCUGAGGGGGAGUGGGGGGUUUUCUGAGGAGUAUUUCUGUAUGUAAUGAAACCCUUUUGUGGGGAAAAACUCAUUCUGAUUGGGUGGGCCUGGCUGCCAAGUGGGUGGGCCUAUGUCUGCACCCCUGCCCAGUCAUGUGAAAUCCAUAGAUUAGGGCCUAAUUUAUUCAUUUCAACUGACUGAUUUCCUUAUAUGAACUAUAACUCAGUAAAAUCUUCUAAAUUGUUGCAUGUUGCAUUUAUAUUUUUGUUCAGUAUAUAUCUAUAUCCUGGACUCUGAUAUUGCUCGUUCUAAUAUUUCUAUAUUUCUUUAUUCCUUUCUUUUUUAUCUUUGGGAUUAAUGUGUAUUGUUUUGUAUUGUUAGGUAUUACUACACUGUUGGAACAUAAGCAUUUCCGAGUGCCUUCUAGAGGGGAAUGUGACAGGCAGCUGAGGCACAGAACCUAUCAUCUAAUCCCUUUUAAAGCGGAUGGAUCCAUGAGAAGUUGUGUGCUCUGCCUGAGGACCCUGAGAGAGAUCUGGGCAGUGAUGCGGAGAGUGUUUUCACCAAUGGGUUUGGGGAGGUAAAAUGGAAUGGAAAAACAUAGGGGGGUGGGGUUGUUGAGAUACAGUAAGGCAAAAGAACAUUGUGCAUCUUCGCAGGGAAGGCAGAGACAGGUAGAGUGCCUGUAAAUAGAAAUGGUGAAGAGGAGAGAUCGGUCUGGGGUAGGGGGGCAGCCGCCCCGCUGGUUGUUCUGACAGCUUGUGGAAACGUGUGGGCUGAAGGGCGAUAUCCACCAGUCUAAGGUGCUAUCAGGUUUAAGGUGCUGUACAGCAAAAUAAUUUAAAAAGAGAACAUACAAUUAUUAAUCAGUAUUGUUUUGUGGUUCUAUAAUAAUGAUGAUACAAAUGAUUUAUCAGUUAAUGAAAAAGAGUGUUGAUCAUGUCAGUAAUUGGAAUUAAUAAGAAAUUACUUAUUCCUCCCACCAGCAUUUACAAACAGCUCACCAUGCAUACUGAUUACAUAUUAAAUAGUUUAUAAUUAGUCAUCGUGAUUCACAAAAUAUUAAUUCAUAAUAAUACACUCUAAUCGCUAUUUACAAAUGACAAUCCGGAAACCGACAUGAUCCCCAUGAUCCCCGUUGUCUUUGGUGUUAAUUAUUGAAGGAAUGUAAAUGAGGGUUGCUUUUAUGGGCAGACAAUAGAAAGCAGUUCUGAGAACGUAGAACAAAGGAAAGAUGAGAGACUCAGACUGCUUUACAGUUCUGAGAACAGUUCUUAGAAAAGGAAUAUAAAUUAGGAUCACCGUUAUGGGCUCCCAAAUAACAGUGAGUCAGUCCUGAAACAGUUCUGAAAAGUGGGUCGCAUUCAUUUGGGCAUGCAACAGAUAUCUUUUUUAACAGUUUUGAGCAGUUCUGAGAACAGUUCUAAAAACAUAGAAUAAAGGAGAGACGAGAGACUUGGACUGCCUUAUAGUUCUGAGGCCAGUUCUGAGACCAGUUCUGAGAACUUUAUUUGAAAUAAAACAAAAUAAACUUGAGGAAAGGAUUUUUGGAUUGUGUCUCGUUUUUUAGUAUUAAAUAUAGCACAAUUGUCACUUCUGAUGGAUUAAUGAUACAAUUAAAGUGAAGAUAUAACAGGUUUUAAGAACAUCACAAAUUCAAGGCUGCCUUUUCAAAACAGACUUGGAUGUUUUUUCGUAUUCUUUGAAGUGGACAUGAGGAUAGGGCUGUGACGAUUAUGGAAUUUUGGGUAACGAUUGAUUGUCAUGCAAAUGGCCUUUUUUUUUCAGCUUGUAAUGUAUCAUAAUGCAUCUUUCAAAAUUAGCUAAUGAAUACAACACAGCUUUGGUGACACAACUGUCUCAAAAACAAGUGGUUUUGAAUUUCCGACCUCUUCUCCUUCCGACCAUGCCGUUCGGCUCAUAAAAUUAUUACCAAUUUUACCCACUUCAUCUCAAAAUGAGAAACUGCUAUUGAGUAAACUAUAUCUAUUUAAAUAUAAAGUUGAAUCCUUCCAUCUCCUAAAAUUAAUGUAUUCUUUUAUUUUAUUUUGUUCACGGUUAUUGUCCAUAAUUGUCGGUUACACGAUCAUGAGGAGACCCUUGAAUUGUAUGGCUAAAGAACAAGUUACAUGUAUGCCAUUUUGUGCAAACCAAAGCAAACAAUGGUUGUUGUAAAUAAUGCAGAACUUCCAGAAUAUCAUUUUAAUUUGCAGUCAUUGUAUGUUGUGUACCUCUGCUAUUUGUGUGUGAGAGUUAAGGACACUGGUCUAACCCACCUGUAUUGUUGACCUCUCCUUAUCUAGCCGAGUUCCUGUUUCUUCUGUGGGGAGUGUACCUCUGCUAUGCUGUCCGGACCGUACCGUCAGCCUUCCAUGAACCACGCUACAUGACUGUUGCCAUAUACAAUGAACUCCUCAUAUCGGCAAUAUUCCACACCAUUAGGUAAGUAAUAAGGGAGAGAGAGAGAGAAAGAGAGAGAGAGAGAAUCUAUACUGUGUAUGCCCUUGCAAAUGUGUGACCCUAUAGUUUAAAAUCAAGAAGCGAUAUAGGCCUCUAAGCAGGAGAAUAACAGGAGCAGAACAUCCCCAGUUAAAAGGCAGAGUAGAGCGCUCCCUCCCAUCAAGCAAAUGAAUAGUCAGCAGGACAGCUUGGAUAAGCCACUUGAACAGAGGUGAGUAAAAUAUGCCUGCACAAGGCAGACAGUGCAUAAAUCUGCCAAGGCUUAAAAUAAACUCCUUAUGCCCUGUAACUGUUCCUAUACUUGACUCUGCUGGAGGAGCUCACACUGGUUGGUGGCACUGGCUUGAUGAGCCACCUCCUCAUUUGACCACCAGGAAAACUACAAGUGUGUGUGGGGAAGGGGGGUGGGGGGAAAGGGGGUUGUGUGUGUGUGUGUGUGUGUGAGGAUGGGGUUGUGUGUGUGCUUGGUCAUAGUAGCCAUUGCCUCAAUGUACAAGUUAUCACUCGGCAUAUACAGUAUAUACAAAGUGGCACCUAGAACAUUAAUCACAAAGCUGCAUGUAGAACCUGUCUGUAAUAUUUAAGAUCAUCACGAACAGCUGGGUCCAAUGAAUACCUUUUACAAAUCCCAUUGAAUGUAAGUGAGGUUGGCAUACGUAAAGUAUGAGCAUAAACAAGUCUAUUGUCAUGCUUAUUCUCUGCCGGAACAAUCCAGAAAGGUUAUGGCAUACCCAUCAAUCUGACCCCGGGGUUGUACCUGAAAAGUUUUCAGAACAACAAUGUUGGCAUGCCUCACCCAAUAACAAACCAGCUGUGAUUGAAUAUGCCUACAUAGAAUAUUACAACAGUGACAGAAGGGGAAUAAAAAAAUCAGAUACUUUUCAUCUGUCGCCUAAAUUUAAAAUUCUGAACAGCACCCUCAUGUCGCAGAUGAAUCACAGACAAUACUUUUUAUAAAUCAGGUGAAUAUUACAUCCAACCUCCAAAUACCGCGUGAGUAACACUAUUUGGGUCGUCCAUGUGAUGAGUGAUUUCGAAGGAGUCAGGCGCAGGAGGGUAAAUCACAGAAAACAGAGUUACGCAGUAAUGUGUCAAAACACUCCAGUGUGCAAAACAGGCGCACUGGAAAAAACAAGGCACACAGGGAAAUAUCCCAGCGAUACAAAAUACAAGGAGCUCCACCGAGCUUCUCUAACCUCCACAAUAAACAAUCACACACAAAGACAACGGGGCAGAGGGAACACUUAUUCAGGUACUGAUGAGUGGAAAUAAACCAGGUGUGUGUAAUAAACAAGACAAAACAAAUGGAAUGAUGAGAUGAGGAGCGGCAGUGGCUAGAAGGCAGGUCACGACAAACGCCGAAGCCUGCCCGAACAAGGAGAGGAGGCAUCUUCGGAGGAAGUCGUGACCGGUUGAUAACCUAAAACACAUUGAAAUGACGAUAGGUUAGUGGAGGAGUGGCAGAGAGAGUUCUGGGCAUAUUCGUCCCAUGGCAAGAACACCGACCACUCCCCUCGCCAGUCCUGGCAGUAGGACCUCAGGAACCUACCCACAUCCUGAUUCACCCGUUCCACCUGCCCAAUACUCUUGGGGUGAAACCCAGAGGUCAGGCUGACCGAGACCCCCAGAUGUUCCAUGAACGCCUUCCAGACCCUGGAUGUAAACUGGGGACCCCGGUCAGACACUAUGUCCUCUGGCACCCCGUAGUGCUGGAAGACGUGAGUAAACAGGGCCUCCGCAGUCUGCAGGGCCGUGGGGAGACCGGGCAGAGGAAGGAGUCAGCAGGCUUUUGAAAAGCGGUCCACAAUGACCAGGAUGGUGGUGUUACCCUGAGAGAGGGGAAGAUCAGUGAGAAAGUCAAUACACAGGUGGGACCAUGGCCGUUGUGGAACUGGUAAGGGCUGUAACGAACAUCGGGCGAACUUCCCAUAGUUGUCCAGCUUCGGAGGAAGUCGUGACAGUCCAUCUGUAGAUGCUCUCAACUAACUAUUUGCUAGGAGCCGCCCGAGUGGCGCAGUGGUCUAAGGCACUGCAUCGCAGUGCUAGCUGUGCCACUAGAGAUCCUGGUUCGAGUCCAGACUGGGAGACCCAUGGGGUGGCGUGCAAUUGGCCCAGCGUCGUCCAGGGUAGGGGAGGGUUUGGCCGGCAGGGAUGUUCUUGACCCAUCGUGCACUAGCGACUCCUGUGGCGGGCCGGGUGCAGUGCACGCUGACUCGGUCACCAGUGUUUCCUCCAACACAUUGGUGCGGCUGGCUUCCGGUCAUCAGUGCAUGGGCAGAGUGUGGGGUGCAUGGGGACAGUCUGAUUGGCUGAAGCCACGAGCUGGAGGUAAUCUAUCUCUCAUGUGAGGCUAGACUAUGCAGCGCCAGCCAGACAUAAACAACAACACACCCGCUAUAAAUUAGUCCCACAGUGCCCUCGGCAGAGGGAUACUGUAACACUUUUCUCUUCUCUGCUUUUUAGUCCAGGAAUAGGCUUCAUCUGUGUCUGAGAAUGCCACAGUGCUAGAGCUGGGUCCAGAUUCUACUACCUGUCAGAGGUGCUGCAGAUAAAGUUGAGCUCCUGGGUCUCAGGCAGACUGUACCACUGGUGACGUCCAUCUCUCUCUCCCUCUACUCGAAGCGGAUCCUUUGUCCGCACCACCCAGGGCAUUUGAACUGAUACAGUGAGGGAAAAAAGUAUUUGAUCCCCUGCUGAUUCCGUACGUUUGCACACAGACAAAGAAAUUAUCAGUCUAUAAUUUUAAUGGUAGGUUUAUUUGAACAGUGAGAGACAGAAUAACAACAAAAAAAUCCAGAAAAACGCAUGUCAAAAAUUUUAUACAUUGAUUUGCAUUUUAAUGAGGGAAAUAAGUAUUUGACCCCUCUGCAAAACAUGACUUAGUACUUGGUGGCAAAACCCUUGUUGGCAAUCACAGAGGUCAGACGUUUCUUGUAGUUGGCCACCAGGUUUGCACACAUCUCAGGAGGGAUUUUGUCCCACUCCUCUUUGCAGAUCUUUUCCAAGUCAUUAAGGUUUCGAGGCUGACGUUUGGCAACUCGAACCUUCAGCUCCCUCCACAGAUUUUCUAUGGGAUUAAGGUCUGGAGACUGGCUAGGCCACUCCAGGACCUUAAUGUCCUUCUUCUUGAGCCACUCCUUUGUUGCCUUGGCCGUGUGUUUUGGGUCACUGUCAUGCUGGAAUACCCAUCCACGACCCAUUUUCAAUGCCCCGGCUGAGGGAAGGAGGUUCUCACCCAUGAUUUGACGGUACAUGGCCCCGUCCAUCGUCCCUUUGAUGCGGUGAAGUUGUCCUGUCACCUUAGCAGAAAAAUACCCCCAAAGCAUAAUGUUUCCAACUCCAUGUUUGACGGUGGGGAUGGUGUUCUUGGGGUCAUAGGCAGCAUUCCUCCUCCUCCAAACACGGCGAGUUGAGUUGAUGCCAAAGAGCUCGAUUUUGGUCUCAUCUGACCACAACACUUUCACCAAGUUCUCCUCUGAAUCAUUCAAAUGUUCAUUUGCAAACUUCAGACGGGCAUGUAUAUGUGCUUUCUUGAGCAGGGGGACCUUGCGGGCGCUGCCGGAUUUCAGUCUUUCACGGCGUAGUGUGUUACCAAUUGUUUUCUUGGUGACUAUGGUCCCAGCUGCCUUGAGAUCAUUGACAAGAUCCUCCCGUGUAGUUUUGGUAUGAUUCCUCACCGUUCUCAUGAUCAUUGCAACUCCACGAGGUGAGAUCUUGCAUGGAGCCCCAGGCCGAGGGAGAUUGACAGUUCUUUUGUGUUUCUUCCAUUUGUGAAUAAUCGCACCAACUGUUGUCACCUUCUCACCAAGCUGCUUGGCGAUGGUCUUGUAGCCCAUUCCAGCCUUGUGUAGGUCUACAAUCUUGUUCUUGACAUCCUUGGAGAGCUCUUUGGUCUUGGCCAUGGUGGAGAGUUUGGAAUCUGAUUGAUUGAUUGCUUCUGUGGACAGGUGUCUUUUAUACAGGUAACAAGUUGACAUUAGGAGCACUCCCUUUAAGAGUGUGCUCCUAAUCUCAGCUCGUUACCUGUAUAAAAGACACCUGGGAGCCAGAAAUCUUUCUGAUUGAGAGGGGGUCAAAUACUUAUUUCCCUCAUUAAAAUGCAAAUCAAUUUAUAACAUUUUUGACAUGCGUUUUUCUGGAUUAUUUUGUUGAUAUUCUGUCUCUCACUGUUCAAAUAAACCUACCAUUAAAAUUAUAGACCGCUCAUUUCUUUGUCAGUGGGCAAACGUACAAAAUCAGCAGGGGAUCUAAUACUUUUUUCCCUCAUUGUACCAGAGGCCGACCCAAAACAACGCCGGCGGAGGAGGAGAGGGAGCCGGAGCGGUCUCCUAGUCAGACUUAGGAGGGGGGCACACCACCCAUCGCUUCCAAGUAUAUUACUCACUAAUGUCCAGUCCCUAGACAACAAAGUGGACGAGAUCAGGGCAAGGGUUGGUUUCCAGAGAGACAUCAGGGAUUGUAACAUACUCUGUUUCGCGGAAACAUGGCUCUCUCGGGAUAUACUGUCCCCGUCCAUACAGCCAUCUGGGUUCUCAGUACAUCGCGCCGACAGGAAUAAACAUCUCUCCGGGAAGAAGAAGGGUGGGGGGGUAUGUUUCAUGAUUAACGACUCAUGGUGUAAUUGUAACAACAUACAGGAACUCAAGUCAUUUUGUUCACCUGACCAAGAAUUCCUUACAAUCAAAUGCCGACCGUAUUAUCUCCCAAGAGAAUUCUCUUCGGUUAUUGUUACAGCCGUGUAUAUCCCCCCUCAAGCCGAUACCAUGACGGCCCUCAAGGAUCUUCACUGGACAUUAUGCAAACUGGAAACCAUAUAUCCUGAGGCUGCAUUUAUUGUAGCUGGGGAUUUUAACAAAGCAAAUUUGAGAGAAAGGCUACCUAAGUUCUAUCACAUAUCAGAGCAUGUGAGCGGAGUGGAGCGGGAGCGAGCGUGGAGCGCAGAGCGGGAUUUUGGACAGAGCGCAGAGCUGCAUUUUUAAAAGGACGGAGCGUCGCCCUAUGUCCCACUCCAAUUUCCCUCGCUCACACCACGAGUCUGAAGCAUGCUCAAGCCUGACCCAGAAUCCAUCUGUUUAAUUUAAUUUGUGUCGUCCAUGAAUUUGUAUUUUAUAGAGCGAGAGGAGCAGCAGCAGCAACAAGAGAAAAGGGUUGAGGAAUUCAAAAGUUUCUUCACUGAUGGAAGCCAAACUGCAAGACCUACUGCAAAAUGGUGAUGGGCUCGUUCUGUCAGCGGACAUUUGGACCAGUAGAAGAGGGCACAGCUUCCUUGGCAUCGUGGCCAGUUUCAUUGAUGGGACGUUCCGGGGGCACACGGUUUUGUUGGGCUGUGAGCACAUACAGGGGCACCAUACCGCAGAUCGUAUUUACCAAAAGUAUGAAAGUGUACUUAAAUAUUGGAACGUGCAACGACGUGUGAUUCGGGUCAUCACUGACAGUGCCAGCAACAUGAUCAAGGCGUUUAACCUCCUCCCUGGCACUGAAGAGGAGGUGGAGGGUGAAGUGACUGCGGAUGCCAGCAGCAGCGCAGAACCUGAAGAGGAGGAUGAGGGACCACCUGCGCCCUCGCAAGUCCAUGUGGAAAUGAUAACCUCUAAUGUAGAAACUAUGAUAAAUCAGUACUUUACUGUGUCAAAUUUACAUCUGAGAUGCAAGAGCACCCUGAACACAGAGGAAACCGACCACAAAUGCCUGCGCCACUCGAUGGAGCAGCCAGCUGCAGAUGAUUCAGUCGUUCAUCCGGUUGUUCCAAAAAGACCCGUUAUGGCAAAACAAGUCUAAUGUUGCUAAAAUCACCCUGAAUCAAGUACGGCAACUGACACACCUUGUCAGUGUGCUGACAACACUGGCAGACCUCAUAGACAAAAUGCAGAAGGAGCUGGGGAACCUGGGGAUGAUCCUCCCUGCUGUCACAGAAAUCAAAUCCCUGCUCACCGAUGACACUCACGCUGCACUUCCAAUGGGCAUCGCUGCUUUUGCAGAAACAUUGGCAAACAACGUGUCAAUUCGCUAUGGAAUAUACUAUACUGAUUAACAUCUAAUUUUAGCAUCAGUGUUAGAUCCCUGUUUCAAGACAGAAUGGAUAAUCCGAGAUGAGUCUGUAUGCAACAAAACCGGGGAGAUAAAGUAAGGCUGUGGUUUAAGCUAAAAGUGAAAUACAUGCAUAUUUUGUUCCUUUUUUGGAGCGAGCGGGGGGGGCGAUUUGAGUGGUGCGCGAUGCAAACUGCGUUGAGCGCUGAGCGAUAAUGAGCGGACUGGCCUGAUGUGGCUUUGAGCAGGGGGAGCGGAGGGGUGAACAGCUCCGUGAGCGAGGAGCUGAGAUUCUCACCGCUCCACUCACAUAUUGACUGUAGCACUCGCACUGGAAAAACACUGGACCAUUGUUGCACUAACUUCCGCGAUGCAUACAAGGCCCUCCCCCGCUCUCCUUUCGGCAAAUCUGACCACGACUCCAUUUUGCUCCUCCCUUCCUAUAGGCAGAAACUCAAACAGGAAGCACCCGUGCUAAGGACUAUUCAAUGCAGGUCUGACCAAUCGGAAUCCAUGCUUCAAGAUUGUUUUGAUCACGCGGACUGGGAUAUGUUCCGGGUAGAUAAGAGUGUCUGCUAAAUGACAAAAAACUAAAUAUUGCUGCACUGUCGGAACUAGAAGCACAAGCAUUUCGCUACACUCGCAAUGGUUGAUACCAUUCCAUUGACUCCAUUCCAGCCAUUAUUAUGAGCUGCCCUCCCCUCAGCAGCCUCCACUCUACCCUUGUCACUUGACCCUAUAGUGGGAAUCCGCCAGCAAUGUCCCCUCUACCCAGUAGCUACCCUAUCUAUACAAAAGUAUGUGGACACCCCUUCAAAUGAGUGGAUUCGGCUAUUUCAGCCACACCCGUUGCUGACAGGUGUAUAAAAUCGAGCACACAGCCUUACAAUCUCCAUAGACAAACAUUGACAGUAGAAUGGCCUUACUGAAGAGCUCAGUGACUUUCAACGUGUCACCGUCAUAGGAUGCCACCUUUCCAGCCGCAAAGUGGUAGAACACACAACGGGACCGCCGAGUGCUGAAGCGCGUAAAAAUCGUCUGUCCUCGGUUGCAACACACACUACUGAGUUCCAAACUGCCUCUGGAAGCCACGUCAGCACAAGAACUGUUCGUCGGGACCUUCAUGAAAUGGGUUUUCAUGGCCGAGCAGGAUUCUAUUGGAAAAAUCACAAAUCCUAUAGGAUCUUUUGACUAGGGUUGUGCGUUCCAGCCCUGCUCAGUGCAGAAUAGAAUGCACUCAAUUACACUUAGAUAAUAGUGUCCUCAAAUAAACCUGUUGGUAUCUAUUUGCAGGUUCACUCUGGCCCCUCUGUGGCACCCUGACUGGAUGCUCAUGCUGGUCUUCGCUCACACACACCUCACCGUGACUGUGACUUUGGGGCUGCUGCUUGUUCCAAAGGUAACCCUGCUCUCCCUCCUCUACUUUUCCCCUGAAUACAUAACCAGUACAUUAAACAGCUUCUUACUGCAAUAAUGAUUCUCUUACUGUAAUUGAAAUGCACAUCUGAGUAUUUUAAACUAUCUCUUCAGUCUUAUGGAGAACAUUUAAACACUCGAUGAGUGGGGAAUAAACUGCUCAUUUCUCAAGACUUAAUUAGAUGCCUCAGAAGUAUAAGACAAUUAGGAACAAUGGGAUGAUGUCAAUCUUGUCUGUCGGCGACAUUUUCCUCUUGCAAAGACAAGCACGGCGUGAACAAAUGCACUAUAACAUUUUAAAUAAUGUCACCCUAAGAAGGUUUUUUCCCCUCUCGUUAGUUUCUGUCCACAGGGACUCAGGCAAGGGAUGACAUUGCCACUGAAGCCUAUGAGGAGGAGCUGGACAUGGGCCGGUCUGGGUCCUACCUCAACAGCAGCAUCACCUCAGCCUGGAGUGAGCACAGCCUGGACCCUGAGGACAUACGGGUGAGCAGGGUCCCUCCCUGUCUUUUUUAAAAAACUGGUCAGAUUAAGCACCCAUUUGCUGUUUCUGAACAAAGGCAAACAGCUUUUUUUGGGGAACGUGCCCAAUCAAUGAAGGCGUAUCACUGACGGCACCACAUUUUAAUAAUUAAUGAUAAAGUGUAAUUCGUAUAGCGCAUUUCAUUAGAGCAAGUGCCAAAGUUUGAUAAGGCAGAGAUGUUGUGUCCGUUUUGUUUUUACGUAUACUUGAGUAUCAGUUUAGCAGUGAAAGUUUAUUUUGUGGUCUCUGAGGAUUUGGCUUAGUGAGAGUAUGUAGAUUAAAAACUGGAUUGGCCCCAACACUGACCCCUGUGGGAAGUCGCUACCUUGUGGCAAAGUUCUGGUCUGUCAAGGAAAUGGACCAUGGUUAGUUUGUGUCAGAAAAUGUCUGUAGCACAAACACUUGGAUAAAUCCUUUUCGCAUUGAACAAGCAUUAUGAUUUCUCAUCCACUUUUCUCUCUCUCAACCCCUCUAUCUGUGUCGCUAUUUUAGGAUGAGCUAAAGAAGCUCUACGUCCAACUGGAGGUCUACAAGCGCAAGAAGAUGUUGGCCAACAACCCCCAUCUCCAGAAGAAGCGCAGCUCCAAGAAGGGCCUGGGCCGCUCCCUCAUGAGACGCAUCACUGAGAUCCCAGAGACCAUGCACCGGCACGGCAGCCAUGGCAGUCGUGAGGAUCGUGACUGUAGUGAGCAUGGGAGCAACCGCAGCACCCUUCGACGGAACCCCUUUGACCCAUCCCACUCUGGUCACAAGUCCAGGGAAGACUCUCUGAAAAACAAGGUCCUGGGCCUGAAGAAAUCGCACAGCUUCGACCACGUCUGUGACCAAGGGGAGGAAACUGCUGGCGGACAAAAUGGCUCAGUUGGGGACAAAAUGGCCGCCGGUGAGGGUUCCUUGCUUGGAUCCCUCAUGAGGAGGCAAGUGAAGAAGUCACCAGAGCAUGCCCCAAGGGUUGAACCGGCCGAGUCCACCGAGUCAGUGCCCUUGGUCUGCAAGUCGGCCAGCGCGCACAACUUUACAGUGGAUAAAAAGCCCAUCCACCUGAGGACGUCCAUCAUGCAGAAGUCACUGAGUGUCAUAACCAGUGCCAAAGAGAAGAUGCCCGGGCUCACCAUCAAGACGCAUAGCGUGGAGGAAGCCAGCAAGAAGGGACUCAAGGGCCGCGAUGGGAGGAUGCUGUCUGAGGUGGACGAGGCGGAAGAGAAGGAGUGUUAUCCCAAGAUGAUCAUCAGCCAGUCGGUGGAGUACUCCAAGACGCCCAUGGGCAAGAUGGGCAUCAUGAAGCAGCAGGUGAGUGGCAGCCAGCCAUCCAUCAAUACAGAGCCAGGGAGAAACCUGUAUGACCUCUCCGAGGUGUGCCCUUGGGAUGUGGAGGACCCCCAAACCCCCUCGGAAGGAAGGUCACAGAAGCAUGUGUCCAUUGCUCUGGGAGAGACCACCACGGUCCACAGGGGGGGUGGUGGUGGUGGUGCGGUUAGUACUAAGGGCAGUCGCUCCCAACAGAAGCAGCAGGGAGCCGCAGGGCAAUCGCCUGCAGGCCGACGUCGCUCCAAAGAUAAGGGGGGCGAUCCAGACGAGGCCAGAGAAACAAGGAAGCCCAGGUCUCCCAGAUCUCCACUCCCCCUCAAACCAGAGGUGUGCCCCUGGGCCUUUGAGGAGCAGCCAGUGUUGGGAGGUGAUUCAGACUCCAUCUCCCCAGAGAGGAUCAGACAUAAGAAGAGCGUCACACCCACUGAUGGGAAGCCCAAGAUCCUUCACUCAGACUACUCCAAAUCCACAGGGAGUCUGCUGCAGCCGCCCACCCUGAUGGUGGACAUCUGUCCCUGGGACUACAACGAAGCCCCAGCCCCGCCCUCCCCCAGCCAGGAGAAGACCUGCUCCAGCCCCACGCCUCACUCCAAGAGGAAACGAAAAGGCUCAUGCUCCUCCAAAGAGAGGGGAGAGAGGGGUGAGAGAGAGAAAGGAGGGAGGGACAGGGAGGAAGAGAAGCAACACAGGUCAAAGAGCAAGGAGAGGAGGAGCUCCUCCAGCAGGCCCUCGGAAAGACGACGUGUCAGCCAAUCCUCGGAGGGCGGUUCGGUCACCGUGCCAACGUCUGGGAGACGGAGGAGCUCGACAAGAGACCCGGAGGUGUCGGAGAACAAGAGAGUGCAGGCAUGCCCGUGGGAGGUAGAGAACACGCCAACCAACAUGGCACAGACAAAGACUUCUCCAGCGAAAGAAAAUUCUUUGAGUUCUAAUUACAAACAACCCAUGAGCACUGCCAAAAAGGUUGACGUUUGUCCGUGGGAUUUUGAAGACAAUGGUUCAGAGAAACGUGCAUGA